AUGUGUGAUCCAGCUGGAGUUCAUAUAACUCGAAUCUAUAUAAAUAAUUCUCGAAAAACACCUUCUCCUAUUCGUUCAUCAAAUACUGUUCCAGUAUGUACAUCAACACCCAUAAUCGAUUUAGAAUCAUCAAAUUUAACAUCACAACAACAAAUAGCUUUAACUGCCAAAGAAAUUCUUGCAGCAAAACAUUCGCCAGAAGAAUUUAAUCAACAAACUGAAUCACCACCUCAACAACAACAAUAUGUAUUUAUUUCGAAAGAGACAGGGCACCAAAUUGAUUUCUCAACAGGUGAAGGUAUUGGUAAAAUAGCUAACCCUGGCACUGGAACCAUAAGUAAAAAGAAAAAAAUCCGUCAAACAAUUGCUACUAUACCAUCCUCAUCAAGUCGUUCAUCAAAAUCAAGUGACGAUGGAGAUUAUGCAGUACUUACCAAUAAUGAAAUGCAUUCAUCAAAUGAGAAGAAAAAAACAAAUUUUACUUCGUAUGAUGGUAUACAAAUUUUUUCAUUUACAUUAGAUGAUGAUUGA